UUUUCUUGGUCCUGUAGCAGAGCCAUGACAAAGUCUUUGGUUAUGUGUGGAGAGAAACAUAUUAUUGUCCUUUUGACAAUAAUAUGCGUUCUCUCCAGUGUCUCGUCAUUGGCCCCGCCCCUCUCGUUUCCUGUAUUGUCUCCCUGCCAUGUCUUAUGUUUCACACCUGCCCUCGCUCGUUAUCCUUCGUUUGUCUUAUCUAUAAAUGCCCUCAUGUUUCUUUGUCCUGUGCUCGUGUAUUACGUUCGAUGUGGAUUACGGUCCUUGUACCUGUGCUUCUGAGUUCUGAUGGUUCCUGGUUUGACUGUUCCUGUUGCCAUUCAUCUUUUGUAGUAAGUGUUUAGUCUCCGUCUAGUGUUUAUUAGUCUAGUGUUCAUUAGUCUAGUGUUCAGUGAGUCUUCGUGUCGUGAUUUAUCUUUAUUAAUUUCUCGUCCCAGUUUUGUACCCCAUCGCGGGUCUUUUGUUUUGCCCUGUUUUGUGUUAUUAAAGUCUUGUCUGUUAAGCCCUCGUCUCCCUUUGCCUGCCUGCUAUUGGGUUCUUUCCGCCACGCUCCUCGUGACACAUUAUGAAUGGGGAUUCCUACUGGUUUUUCUGAGAAGUGCACAGUGGAGUACGAUUACACAAAAUGCACUUUUGAAGUCUUUGAGAAAAGACCAUGUUCUCAUAGUGCAGUCGGUAAAUGAUCAUCAAUUAAGGAUUAAAGAGUGACCAUUUGGCAGAGCUGAAAUAUAUUAAAUGAAACAUAUGUGAACAUAAACAUAAAGCAUUGGAUAAUAAUUUGCAAGAAUGCACAGAGAUACAGGAAAUUGUAUAUAAAUAAAGAAUAUUACAUUUAAAUUGAAAAUAUUUUUUCAACACAAAAAUAAAACUUGUUAUAUGUAUGUUUUGUAAAUCUGUGUUUGAAUAAAACUGAAUCAAUACUCUAUGAUUGUUGGCAAUCCGAACAAGCCCUAUAUUGACUUUUUUCUGACCUGCUUAUGAUGUCCCCAUGCACCCAGGCUAUUUCUUCAUUGUUGUAUUUUGUUGAUUAAUGCGUUUAAGGUGACGUCAAUAAACAAUGAAUCAUUUCCCCUAAAUUUCUUUACCACUAGAUGGCACACUAAGAUUGCUUUCAGAUUAUUUUGGCUAUGGAAAGUUUGGAAUCAACAGGCUGAGAAACAAUGAUGGUAAAGACACGCACGCACGUUCUCAAACAUAAACACACAACCAAACUCCCUCCAUUAAUCCAGCGUCUGGGGCAGUGUGGAGAAGUGUCUCAGGCUUUUCAAUGCAUGUGCACAAUUACAUGUGUGCAUUUUGCUUGUAGAAACUUCUCCACUUCUUCAUAGCUUAUAUUUACAUAUAUUUUGACCAGUCAAAGACACAUUUACUCUGCUGUUACAACAACAUCAGGACACAAGAAGGAAUGCUUAUUUAGUCUUCUUGAGGAUGGUAUUCCAAACUAACUUCACUGGACCACCGCAUGGAAUAUCAGCCAAAGAUUUCUAAGGAGACUGUGGAACGUUAUUUUCUUCCAUUGUCACUUUACAUUUGUCUGCCUUUAGUGUUGUUCGUUGCUUGCUUAGUUUAAACACACACCAUGUGCAGACUGUGGAGUAUAGUAGUUCUGUUUUGUGUCAAGUUGGUGGACUCUGCUAAUGGAAAUACAGGAUUUAUGCCGGAAAGAGGGACCGCAGUUUCUUCCUGUUUUGGGGGUUUUGAUCUCUACUUUGUACUAGAUAAAUCUGGAAGUGUGCAGCAUCACUGGAAUGAAAUAUAUAACUUUGUGGAACACCUGGCCCAUAAAUUCAUAAGCCCUCAGCUGCGGAUGUCUUUUAUUGUAUUCUCCGAUCAGGGCAACAUUCUCAUGCGGCUUACAGAAGACAGAGACCAUAUUCGUAAAGGUUUGGAGGAACUCCAGAAAGUGCGGCCAGGUGGAGACACUUUAAUGCAUGAGGGCAUUCAGAGGGCAAGCGAACAAAUUUACUAUGGUAACACUGAAGGAUACCGAACAGCCAGUGUCAUCAUCGCACUCACAGACGGGGAAUUACAUGAAGAUCUCUUCUAUUAUGCUGAGAGAGAGGCCAAUCGCUCUCGCAGCCUGGGUGCCUCGGUUUACUGUGUGGGGGUAAAGGAUUUCAAUGAGACUCAGCUUGCCAAAAUUGCUGACGGCAAAGAUCACGUCUUUCCAGUGAAUGAUGGUUUUGAAGCUCUACAAGGAGUCAUCGAUUCGAUCCUGAAAAAAUCAUGCAUUGAGAUCCUUGCCGCAGAGCCUUCAAGUAUCUGUGCUGGAGAGACGUUCCAAGUUGUAGUGAGAGGAAAUGGAUUUCUUCAUGCUAGAAAUGUGGAUAAGGUCCUUUGCAGCUUCCGAAUUAAUGACACCCUUACCAGAAUGGUUAAGCCAUUGAUAGUGGAGGACACGUACCUGUUAUGUCCAGCUCCUGUUCUCCGGGAUGAGGGAAUGGCAGCCUCCCUAUAUGUUAGCAUGAAUGAAGGCUUGAGUUUUAUCUCCAGUUCUGUGACCAUCACCACUGUAAGCUGUUCUGAUGGUACGAUCUUGGCCAUAGCACUUUUCAUUGUGUUAUUACUGCUAAUUCUGGCCUUCCUCUGGUGGUUCUGGCCUCUCUGCUGUACCGUGAUUAUCCAUGACCCUCCACCACAAGUCGUUGAAGACAGUUCGGAUGAUGAAGAGGAUGGAUCUCCAAAGAAGAAGUGGCCCACAGUUGACGCCUCCUACUAUGGAGGAAGAGGAGUGGGAGGAAUUAAAAGAAUGGAGGUUCGCUGGGGUGAAAAAGGUUCGACUGAUGAGGGUGCUAAACUGGAGAAAGCGAAGAAUGCCAGAGUAAAGAUGCCCGAACAAGAGUUUGAGGCACUUCCUUCUCGGAUCUUGAAUAACGGCAUGCGAAAACCUCCAGGUCCUCGUAAAUGGUACUCUCCAAUUAAGGGUAAACUGGAUGCAUUAUGGGCACUGAUGAAGAAAGGCUAUGACAGAGUAUCCAUUAUGCGACCACAACCAGGAGAUAAGGGCCGCUGUAUGAACUUCACUCGGAUCAGGUCCAGUUCUACUCCACACUAUCCAACCUACAACCACCAUUCUCCACCCAUCUACGCUUCCCCACAAAACUUCAACCCACCUCCUCCUAAGAGUCAACUUCCACCACCUCCACGCAGUCCACCAGCCACCCUGCCCUCCAGUUUUCCUCCCCUACCUUCCACCCCUCCUCCUCAUGUCAUUACUCCGUCCCCUCCCAUUACCCCACCUCCAUCCUAUUCUCCACCCCCCAUUUGGCCUUCGCCUUCUUCCACCCUCUUCUUUUCUCCGCCCACGUCUCCACCCUCUCUUCCACCAUCGCCUACUUCAUCCCUGCCUCCUCCUCCUCUUCAGGCCCCACCUCCAUGUAGAGCUCCGCCUCCGGACCGCCCACCUCCACGGCCUUGUCUGUAAUUUGGAGUGGACUUCUUUAAGGGGUCUGAAGUUGGGGAUGGGAGGUAAACAUGAAAUAUAAAUGUUCCACAUCCUUCUCUUCGCCAAAAACGCAGCAUGAUUCCACCGCUGUGUGUCCUAAUACAAUAAAACUUGAUAUAAAGACCCACCUGUGGCAUCAAGGGCAUCAUGUAACAGAAUACAAGCCACCAGGCAACUCUAAAACUGCAGGGUGCAAAAUCUAAAUCACAUAUCUACUAAGCUACUACUUGUUUCUCACUGGGCAUCAUUUGCUUGUUUGGGAACCAAAGUGAGCUUUAAGAGAAGACGUUUUAGUAAUGGAUCCAUGGAUUUUCACAACUGCGUGCACAUGAGGCCAUCUCAUAUGGAGAAUUUAAUGCUACAGGACAGAUGAAUCAAAAUAAACACCCUUCAGGAUGUUUUCAUGGACAAUCAAGGACAUGUGUGCACAUUUUUGACCUUCGAGAGUUGAAGUACAUUCGACUUGUCACCAUUUAUAACAAGUCUGAAUAAAUCCUUGAAUGGCUUUUCAAAACUAAACAAUGUGUGAAAAGCAUUCUUUAUAGAUGUUGAUUCUAUUAAUGACAUACGUUUGCAAAAAUCCGUAUCUGUUGUAACAAUGUUUUAAAAUGAAAGCCCCUUGUUUGCUUUCAAAAAACUGCAAUAAAUUGUUUAGUGAAAACCCGUGUCUUGCCAUUGAAAGUAUAAAACGCUGUUGGUCGUUCAGGUAAUCUUUUAAUUUGUGCAAUAGUGAUUUUAGUGAUUUUUUAGAUUUAAAAAAAUUGUAUGUGAGACCAGCUAAACUAGUAUAAUUAUGGGGCACGACUUGAAACAUUAGGAGAAAAUGGACCUGAAAUGUACCUUACUUUGCACAUCUCACAAUCGUAAUGGUGUAUGGGUGCAUUAAUAAAAAAUGUAGAGACUAUUAUACUUUUACACGUGCUGUAUGUACAAAUCUAUGUAUCCUUUUGUAUAGUUUUCCUUUGAUAUAUAUGGUUUUCUAGAUCUGUUGUUGUUUUAUUUUCAUGGCAUGAUUGCGUUUUCUAAUAAUGUGAAAGCAAGAAAAAAUGACUUUUGCCAGGAAUUCCCAAGAAUAGUUUUAUAGCCUCUGCAUAUCAUCCCUAAAUACUAUCUACAGACGAAAAUUACAAGUAGCUUUGUGUGUUAGACAUUUUUAAUUUACAACCAAAAUUUUAAUCCAUGUGAUAUAUGGGUUUGUUUUGGCCCACAUGUUGUGUGUAUUAUUGUCAUAAUAUGUCACAUCAGCAGCAUCCACAGCCCUUUGCUUAUACAAAUCUCUUGUCAUUUCUCAUUGUGUUCAAUCUAAAUUAUUGCAGUGCUGUUUAUAUGACUCUUCAGCCCCGUUUUGAUCGCGGUUUUAUGGGUGUUUAAAUCAGAGAACUAGUAAACAUCAAACAUUUCAAAGGGAUCAUGAAAAUUAAUCUUUCUUUGAAUUACUUUGACAAACAACAUUGUUUACUUUCUUGUGAUUUUUUUUUUUUUUAAAUAAAAUGUUGUAAUAAAGUCAAACUGGUCCUCCUGUUUGCAUGCGUUUUGAUGGAUGUGCAGUAAAAUCUUUGUCUGAGUAGCUCGACAGCAAAUCUGAGUACAUAUGCACACGAUGAAUCUGACAUGAUGUAUAAUUUUUAUGCUUAUGUGGAUAAAAAAUCUUUUAUUCCAUAGCAAAUUGUGAAAUGGUUGUUUGUAAGAAGCAGGAAAGUGAACAAUUCCUUGUUUAAUGCAAAACUUUCCAAAUAAAGCAAUAUUGUGUUUUAGUUUCUUAUCGGAAUAAUGUGCUUUUCAGUUCAACCCAGUUAUUCUGUGACUAAAAGAAAUGAAUUUUAGAAAUAGUUUAUUCACAUGAUUCCAACAAGUACGUAAGUUAACACUAUAGGCUUUACUAGUAGUAUGUAUUCGAUUUACAGUUAUAUUGGCCUUAAGUGUAAAACAUUACAAGGAAAAAACAGCGAUCAAUUUAUUACAAGAAAAUAUUGUUAUUUACACAAAGCCCAAAAACUAUUUGCCAGCCAUGGCCUUUGUUUUACUUUUUUAUACUUUUUAUAUUAUAAUAACAUGAUUUUAACUACAACAUUCUGUGGGAUUAACUACAUUUUCUGACAUUUUAACAGAAAUAUACAACAAAUUACACCAUUUCUUGAGAAUGGCCAGGGCUAGAUACUGCAGUUUGUUGGCAACACUGACAGAUUUUGUUCAAUUCAUUGUUCACACUUCAGUUCAUUUAAUUCCCUUUGGUCCAGGUGUAAUUACAGACAGUCUCUCAGUCAACACACGAACAGAGAGCCGGCGUCUCAUGAGACAGAGACCAUAAACCGGUCAUGCCGUCACACGUGUCCGAUUUCAAAGGAAGUCUCAUUCAUAGUGUCAUAAGCACCACCCCAGCAAGUUUUGGCAUGAUAUGUUUCAAGUGCGGCCAAAGAUAAGCAAAUGAAAGUGUGCUGGAGAAAUAUAUGGGAUUAGUAUGCAUGACCUCUUCUCCAGCGGUGCAGUGGCACCCAUGAGACCCGUGUAGCCUGUUUUCUGUUAGGAUCUAUUCAGAUUUAAAGUGAUGUUUUGUCCAGCUGGUAUUAGUUCAACAGUUCUGUCUCACUCUCUCUCUGUUUCACCCUGAUACUGUUCUUUCAUAUCAGGACACAAACAUUUAUUGAGAAAGAUUUGAGGCUUACCUCAAACCUAUUCCUACAUAGCCACACCGCAUUUGUUUACACUAUGAGGUCAGGAUUAAUAUUCUGAACAAUCGCUCUCUUUUUGAAAAACAUUUUCAAGUAAGAGUAAAUGCUAAAAAAAUCACCAGAUAAUCAAAGUUAUAUUUAUAUAUACAGUGGGGGAAAUAAUUAUUUGAUCCCCUGCUGAUUUUCUAAGUUUGCCUGCU